UUCUGGGUCAGAGCCUUACACAGCUCCAGAACCGGCUCCCAGGGAGAACUCCGUGGAACUCCAGAGUCACUGGGCAGGUCUACCUUUCAGCCAAUGCCCCUGUCCCUGGGAGCCGAGAUGUGGGGCCCUGAAGCCUGGCUGCUGCUGUUGUUCCUGGCAUCGUUUACAGGCCGAUACUCCGCGGGUGAGCUGGAGACCUCGGACCUAGUGACAGUGGUGCUGGGUCAGGAUGCAAAACUGCCCUGCUUCUACCGAGGCGAUCCGGAUGAGCAGGUGGGGCAAGUGGCAUGGGCUCGAGUGGACCCAAACGAGGGUACCCGGGAGCUGGCCCUACUGCACUCCAAAUACGGGCUUCAUGUGAACCCUGCUUAUGAGGACCGUGUGGAGCAACCACCGCCCCCACGAGACCCUCUAGACGGCUCCGUCCUCCUGCGCAAUGCAGUGCAAGCUGAUGAGGGCGAGUACGAAUGCAGAGUCAGCACCUUCCCAGCUGGCAGCUUUCAGGCACGGAUGCGGCUUCGUGUUCUGGUGCCUCCCCUGCCGUCACUGAAUCCUGGUCCACCACUAGAAGAGGGCCAGGGCCUGACAUUAGCAGCCUCUUGCACUGCUGAGGGCAGCCCAGCUCCCAGCGUGACCUGGGACACAGAGGUCAAGGGCACACAGUCCAGCCGCUCUUUCACGCACCCCCGCUCAGCUGCCGUCACUUCAGAGUUUCAUCUGGUGCCCAGCCGAAGCAUGAAUGGGCAGCCACUGACCUGUGUGGUAUCUCACCCUGGCCUGCUCCAGGACCGAAGAAUCACCCACACCCUCCAAGUGGCCUUCCUUGCAGAGGCCUCUGUGAGGGGCCUUGAGGACCAAAACUUGUGGCAAGUUGGCCGAGAAGGAGCCACACUCAAAUGCCUGAGUGAAGGACAGCCCCCUCCCAAAUACAACUGGACACGGUUGGAUGGACCUCUGCCUAGUGGGGUGCGAGUGAAAGGGGACACUCUGGGCUUUCCCCCACUGACUACUGAGCACAGUGGCGUCUACGUCUGUCACGUCAGCAAUGAGAUUUCUUCAAGGGAUUCUCAGGUCACCGUGGAAGUUCUUGACCCCGAGGAUCCAGGAAAGCAGGUGGACCUGGUGUCCGCCUCGGUGAUCAUAGUGGGCGUGAUUGCUGCUCUCCUGUUCUGCCUCCUGGUGGUGGUGGUGGUUCUCAUGUCCCGAUAUCAUCGCCGCAAAGCCCAGCAGAUGACCCAGAAAUAUGAGGAGGAGCUGACUUUGACCCGGGAGAACUCCAUCCGGAGACUGCACUCUCACCACUCAGACCCUAGGAGCCAGAGUGAAGAGCCAGAAGGCCGCAGCUACUCCACAUUAACCACAGUGAGAGAGAUCGAAACACAGACCGAACUGCUCUCUCCAGGCUCUGGGCGGACCGAGGAGGACGACGAUCAGGAUGAAGGCAUCAAACAGGCCAUGAACCAUUUUGUGCAGGAAAAUGGGACUCUGAGGGCCAAACCUACAGGCAAUGGUAUCUACAUCAACGGGCGAGGGCACCUGGUCUGACCCUGGCCUGCCUCCCUCCCCGGGGCCUGGCUUCUUCUGCUUCCAUGGGGGACCUUCAGCUCUUCUUAGGGGAAAUCCCCUUAAAUGCCUGUAUUUCUUUAGGAAGAUACUUCCCACCCUACUGACUGCUCUACUUUGACCUCCAAUCCUUCUAUUCAUCAGGAGGCCUCUGCUGGUUGAGUGCCUCCCACCAUUGCGUGUAGGUCAUCCUGUGUGUGUGUGUGUGUGUGUGUGUGUGUGUGUGUCCAUGCUGUCACGUUAAGAGUCCAAGUGAAUGAUUUGUGUGCCACAGGACUUGUGGCUGUGUGCAGAGCAUUCCCAGGGUGUGGUGUGUGAGUAGAGUGCCUUAUGCGUGACCUCUGCCUGCAGAGGCAGGGAUUUCCCUCAGACCCCAGAGCAGUAUUAGCGAUGCAGAGGUUAGAAGUGAGAGGCGGAGACUGUGGCCAGAUCCAGGUGUGCGGGCACAGCUGGAGCUAGAAUCUGACCUCCAAAGUGGGGGAGCUGUGUUCCCGCCCCUUGGGAGCAAGUGAGAAGCAGAUAUCCAGGGGUCUGCCAGAGGCCGGAACUGUUACAGAAGCCCUCUGCCCUCUGGCGGCCUGUGGGCCUGCUGCAUGUACGUACCUUCUGUAAAUUAAACUCCAAGGGAGCUAGCUUCCCGAGUUCUGCUCAGACUCCCUUAAUAAGAGAAAAAGAAAUUUAAAAAGCAAACAAAGAAAGAAAAAACUUUAUUGAUUUAUGUGCAUGUGCUUUAUUGGGCUUGUUUAAAACCAGGCCAGUCCACAUAGGCAUUCAACCAAACCGUUUAACAGACACCACAGCAGGGAUUAGUGCCUGUGGUUCUGAGAAGUUCUCUUCCUAGGAGGCCUUCACCCAGAGAGGUUCUGGGGAGGGGGCUGACAGCUGGAGGAGUCUGGAACCUGGGGUGUGAGGUCCAAACACUGGAUAAGAGGCUAGGUACGGGGGGGGGGGGGGCUUGGCUCCCACGGCCCCUCGAAUCUUGUCCUCGCUGUGUCUACAGUGGUUUGUGCCUUCACGGAGUUGGGACUUGUUGUCAAGGACUCCUGGUUCAGUUGUGUUGAGGGCAGAGGGUAGGUAGCGGGGAAGGUGGAAGUUCAGGUGAGGAGAAAGGGGUGUUGUGGGUGAGGGUGAGAACAGGCCCUUCCCCAGGGGUUUCUGAGUUAUUAAUCUAGGGCUCUCUGGCAUUUUGUAUGUGUGGAGCGUGGGUUAAGAUGUUUGUUUUUCUUUAGCCUGCCCAAACUUAUGCAGCCAGAAUACCGAGAUUUAGUAUCCAACCCUUGUGUGGCCUGAGAUCUGCUGGUCUAAAGGAGAAACUCUCAUUUCAUUCCCAAGUAGCCCAGGACUUAUGGACCCCAAGGAUCUGGGGUCUUAGUAUGUAUAUUUCAUGUAAAUAUAUGUAUAUUUGUACAUAAAACGAUAUUCUGUUUUUAAAUAAACAGAUAAAACCUU